UAGUCUUUUGACGGACAAAGUAAUGUGAAAUUUAUAUGAUUAUUUAGCGAAUUUUUACCAUCAAUUAACGUAUACACACACAAAAAGGAUGAAAUGGAAAACAUCCCCGAAGUACGUGUAGUACUUUAGGAUAGCCAAUGUGGAGAAUCACUUCGUGAGCCAUGUCUUCUACUAACGAUGGGGCUUCAGGGUCCCAUGAGAAGGUGAAUUCUUUCAACCAUGACCAUGGCAAAGAAUCACCGGCAAGACAGAGAGGAGGAAAAAUGCUUUCUGUACAAAUCAGAUUCUUGGAUGAUUCUAUAGCAGAUUUUCAAAUUCAGUACAAAGCAUUAGGGAAGGUUUUGUUUGAACAAGUCUGCAAGAUGCUGAACUUACUCGAAGUGGAUUAUUUUGGAUUGGAAUAUUCAGAUGCCUGUGGUGUUAAGUACUGGCUUGAUCAUGAAAAACCCAUGUGUCGUCAGAAAGGCUUGUCACUGAUAAAUCCUAUCAUGCAUUUUUGUGUGAAGUUCUACACACCAGAUCCUGCUCAAUUAGAAGAAGAAUUUACUAGGUAUUUGUUUAGUCUACAAAUAAAGCAAGAUCUAGCUCAAGGAAUUCUUCUAUGUAAUGACAAUACUGCUGCUCUGAUGGCCUCCUACAUUGUCCAAGCUGAAAGUGGGGAUUUUGUCCCUGAUGAUUAUCCUGAUCACACAUAUCUAUCAACAUUCAAGUUCGUACCACAUCAAGAAGCUGAGUUUGAAAAGAAAAUCAUGGAAAACCACAAGAAACACAUAGGACAAACCCCCUCUGAAGCUGAUCUCAACCUUUUAGAGACUGCUCGAAGGUGUGAGUUAUACGGAAUUAAGAUGAACCCAGCUAAGGAUCAGGAAGGAGUUCCUUUAAACUUGGCUGUUGCACACAUGGGUAUUGUAGUCUUCCAAAAUAUCACAAAAAUAAACACUUUCUCGUGGGCCAAAAUACGAAAGUUGAGUUUCAAGAGGAAAAAAUUUCUAAUUAAGCUUCAUCCUGAAGGCUAUGGCUAUUACAAGGAUACCGUUGAGUUUUACUUUGAAGGAAGAAAUGCAUGCAAGAAUUUUUGGAAGAAAUGUCUGGAAAAUCAUGGGUUUUUCAGAUGUACUGAGGUCCACAAAAUUCCACGUCAACGAACGCGGAUUUUUAGCAGUGGAUCUUCUUUAGUGUUUGGCUUCAAAUAUAGUGGGCGCACCCAGAAACAAAUAUCUGAAUAUGUCAGAGAAAACUUUGUGAAGAGGCAACCCUUUCAAAGGUCCACUAGUUUUCGGUUAACCAGGUCGAUAUAUAGCAACACGAGCUCAGUUGGAACUUCUCUUUCUGCUCAUCCUCUCUUGCCGGUCAGUGACAGCAUGUUAAACGAAUUUCCAAAAGGAGAGGAAACACCAACAAAAGCAGUAUAUCUCUCCCAGCCAUUGUCUUCCUACGUCAACCAUCAAGACUGUGAACCAGUUGUAACUAACGGAGCUUUGUAUGGAGAAGUAGAUAUGAAAGCCAGUCAAACAGCUACAGAACCUUCUUCAGUGCACCAGUCACCUGUAACAGAGGCUCCAAGCCCUACGAGUCGAGCCAGUAGCACCUUUCGUAGUGAAGGCUCUGUGUCUCUUAGGGGACCAUCAAGUGAUGAUGAGGUGACAAGGUCUCCUACUUCUCCACUACGAAGCUUAAAGGACCAACCAAGCAGUCUUAGCUCCCCGAGGUCAGAAGGAGACUCCGAUCUCAGACGAAAGAAAAUUCCUGCUGACAAGGCCUACUUCAUUGCAAAAGAACUAUUAAUGACAGAAAGAACAUACAAAAAGGACUUGGAAUUAGUCAAUCUAUGGUUUCGGGAUGAAGUCAGCAAGGAAGAUCAAAUCCCUACAGAUACAUUAGCGCACCUGUUUUCUAUACUUGACCCCAUGUAUGAAUUUCAGUGUACCUUUUUGAGGAAACUAGAGCAGCGACUGGCCACUUGGGAAGGUAGGUGUACUCCCCCUUCUGAAGAUUUCGAACCAGGAGUUGGUGAUAUUUUAUAUGAAAAUAGUCAUAUGAUAGAGUUGUACAUUCGCUACGUUGAAAAUUUGCCAUUAGUUCUAGAGAACUUAAACAUAGCAUAUAGAAACAACCAGCAUUUUGAACAAGUCUACCGUGAAUUUGAACUACAGAAAGUUUGUUAUUUGCCCUUGACAUCUUUUUUGCUAAGACCUGCUCACCGGCUACUUCAUUAUUCUCUCUUAUUACACAGAUUUGUGAACCACUAUGAUGACCACCAUCCUGACCUACAGCACUGUAAACUCGUAAUGAAGAGAUUUGAGGACGUGAUUUCAUCCUACAGUAAAACCCUGAGUUCACUGGAAAAUUGUGUCAAAUUAACUGAACUUCAGCACGACCUCAUUGGAAUAGACAACCUUAUUUCACCUGAAAGAGAAUUUAUAAGAGAGGGCUGUCUUCAUAAGUUGUCAAGAAAAGGUUUUCAACAGAGAAUGUUUUUUCUGUUUUCAGAUGUUCUUCUGUAUAUGAGCAGAACAUCUAUGCCACAACUUCAGUUCAAGGUCCACGGUCAACUUCCUUUGCAGGGAGUGAUGGUGGAGGACUCGGAACCAAAGAUGGGAGCUAACCAUUGUUUCACCAUAUAUGGUGGAAGUCGAGCUCUCAUAGUUUCUGCAAGGUAUGUGUCUCUGAAGAAGAAAAAAAAAAAUAGGUUGACAGAUCUUUCUGAAGCCAUUCAACAUGCAAGGAAUCAUCAUGGCAACAGCUUCUCUUUCUCUAGUCUACAUUCCAGUACAUCAUCAGAAGAACUGCUUGACAUGCCAGAGAGUCCUCUUCCACUCCAUUCACCCACGGGCCAACCACAAGGAGGAAGCAACAGUAGUAUGUCUGAAAAACAUUCACAACAUCGAUCAAAUACCACAGUUCACGUUUGUUGGCACAGAAACACCAGUGUUGGAAGGGCAGAUUAUAGGCAGGCCAUGGUGAACUACUUAAGCGGGUACCUCCUUAGAAAGUUCAAGAGCAGUGCUGGCUGGCAGAAGCUGUGGGUUGUUUUUACUAACUUCUGUUUGUUCUUCUACAAAUCCUACCAGGAAGAUUUUCCUCUAGCAAGCCUUCCUCUUCUUGGGUACUCAGUAAGUAUUCCAGAUCAUCAUGAUGCUAUCAACAAAGACUUUGUGUUCAAGUUACAGUUCAAGAAUCAUAUCUACUUUUUCAGGGCAGAAAGUGAAUACACAUUUAGCAGAUGGAUGGAGGUGAUCAGGUGUGCAACCCUCCAUGACAGAGAUUAAAAGUCCAACUGUUUUUAUAGUGUCAUAUUUUAAAGAAGAAAAGGGGAGAAAAAAAAAGCAAACCAUAUCACACUGAACUAUCUACCUUUGCCUUAAAAAUAUCUUUAAAAAAAACGUUAGCUUUUGCCUUUCAUGUACAUGAGGGGAAUACAUUUUACUUGUACAUCACAUAUUUGAAUGUUGAAGCUUUGCUCAGCAUGUGUUAUGUUUUGAUUGAUUGCUGUUAUGAAUGAUUUUAUCCAGUUUAACAUACUUGUUUGUGUGUGUGCGUAUAUAAAAACAUUCUUUCAUAUAUAGAAAUAGUAAAAUAUGUAUACUGUAGCAUAUAUCUGGAAUAUUUCAUCACAGAAUAAUACCAUUACAACUGCAAUUCAACAUACGUCAAAAAUAGUGAUGAGUUUUGAAUUUUUGCGUAAGAGAGCGUACGUUGCUUAAGGCACCGUCAAAACUGCUGGCGUCCGGCUCCUGUGAUUAUGUAGCUGACGAGAGCUAAUACUGUAGGAUAUUCUACGGCUACACGGUUCUGAAUUUGGUCACUAGGGAUGCUUGAAUCUGGUUGUUUAGGCACAGAAUGUUCUGCGAGGUAGCAGCUAUAAGUGUUCUUUCGAAAGACACUGUCAAAGUAGUAGCUGUGUACAGGCAUAACUAUGAUAAUGUUUAAAUUGUUCAGUACUAAAGUUUUUAGUAUUCUUUUUUUAUGUUGUUUCAGUAUCAGCAAAGAGCUUAUACAUGACACACAUAACAUUGUUUUAGGAACAGAACCAGAGUUGUGCCUCAAAGUUUUAGUACUGUAAUACCAGCCAUAUGAAAAUCAAAACUGUACAGGCAACAAGCACAGAUUUUUUUUUAUGUUUUUGAUUUUCAUUGUUGACUAGCCCUGGAUAGUUUUUUUUAUAAUUUUAUUUUUUUAAUCUACUAUACUUUUACAUCACAUGUAAUGAAGAUUAUUAAAUUGGCUACUCACUUUUAAUGUCAGCAUCCAGACAUUUUACAAAUAUGAAAUAAAAGUAUAGCCUUACAGAAGUGUAAUUAUUAGCAAUGUUUCUAAAUGCAUUGUAUUCCAGAUGCAAGGUUUUAUUGUUUAUACGUUUUAAAACACUGUAAAUUUGGAAUUAGAACUAUCAGAAUGGAAUAUGCAGCUCACAAAGGUACUCAAAUAAAGAUUAAAAAUAGGCUUAAAAAUUUUCUUUAUAGAUUUAUCAUUUUAGAUUCUGGUUUAUAAAAAAAAUAACAAAUUUUAAUCAGUAGUAUUAGUAUGCCAAGCUCUUUGAAAAAAGGGGAAAUUAAGUAAUGGUUAGAUAAAUAAAAGUAGUUAAUUUAAGUUUAUCCCUGCUAAAUGUAUCAGAAAACGAUAAACAUUGUAAUGUAAUAACUUAAUGACCUCUGAAUUGGCUGCUUCUAUGCUAUCACGUAUUUGCUUUUCAUGAUAAAUAUUUUUAUCUUUGGCAUUCAUAUCAACCCGUAUAUUAUGUCUGCUGGUGUUUCUUUCCUCUUUUUUUUUAUGCUUAUUCAUAAAGAAAGUUCACUUCUUGAAAGUGCUUUGGCGUAAUAAACGUAAUGGUGCUAAUUGCUAUUAUCAACAACAAAAUUUUUCUUUUAUGAAAAUGUAUACAAGUUAGCACAUGUACUUUGUAUAUAAGGUGUUUUAAUUGGAAUUAGUAACCACAAUCCCCCAAACUAUAAUAAUACUGAGUAAAAGUGCAGCUAUUGGUUCAGUCAACUACAAGACGUAUUAGUACUUCUGUUUUCGUAAUGUGUAUUUAUCUUUCAGUUUGUCUUCAUAAAACCACUCACGCUUGAUAUUUUCCCUUAAAAACGUUGAUGAACGGAGCGACUUUUUUUUGUUAUUAAUUCCCUUAUUCUUGAUCUACAGAAUGUUAUAUUCGUACCACUCCAAUUGUGUAUCAAUUAAAAGAUCGGUAACUCGCCAGUUGAUAAAACAAAACUAGUCUCCGUCUUACAGAAAUGUUUAAUUAUAUUUCGUGCAUCAUUAAAAAAAUGUGGUGAUAUUUAGUUGUUAAAACUAACUCUGAAUUUUUGUUGUUUUUCCAGUAAACUCAAAUUGACACAUUUCAAACAAAGAUAUAUCCUGUUUAUUAAUUAUUUUUAGCCAAGUGAGAGCCCAGCAACACCAAAUGCUGGCUAUGUUUACUAUCUAAGUGAAGUACGUUUUAAAAAUGUAUGAACUCGAUGUAAACGCACGGUAUUGUUUAAUUUCAGUUUUUCGUGAUUGGUAAUUAUAUUGUCAGCUUGGUAACAGAAAAAUAAAACAGUAUACAUAUGAAUAGGGGACCAAGAUUUCCAAUAUAAGUGUAUUGUGUUCUUCCUGAUCUCAAGUGUUGAAAAUGUUUAUAAAAUGAUUAGAGUACUUUACCUUAGCUAGCAAUAUGCCUAUUAUUAGCAGUAACGAAAAAAAAGAAGUAAAGUUUGACCUUUCAGUCGUUGAAAAUUUAAAAAAUUUACUGCCAUAUUAUGAAUUUUGUUUUGUCUGCAGAUGAUUAGAAGUUCCUGGGUAUUCAUUUAUCCUGUAAAUAACUGAAAACUUUCUAUGCACUUUCUCAAAAUAGUCACAACUGGCAUUACUAAGUAUCCUCAAGUUUCUUUACCAUUGCAACACUCAAAAGUUUUAAAAUCAAUAUUUGAAUUAAUGCCUCCCCUCAUGAAAAAGCACUAUAAAAAUGGUGUGGAAAACAUGCUAAGUAGCAAUGGACACAUACUGUAAAUUUGUAAAGCUUCUAUUCAAAUCACAAACAUCAUUAAAGUCAAGUAGCCUCAACAUCCUUAGUCUGAAGAUGAAUGAACUUACAUCUUCCCUCUUGACCUUCACCAACAUCAUCUUAGAUGUAUUAGUCUUACAAAUCAGGAUGAAAACCAUAUGUUAAGAUUAAGUAUAACUUUGUCUUAAUAUUAAAAUACGAAAAAAUUGGUUAUGAAUGAACAUAAAUUUUGACCCAGAUUAUGUUUGUGUCACACAAAACUAAAAUGUAGAAAGGGAGAUAUAACUCUCUUACAAUCAGGAUACGACAUAAUUUACUGUUAUGCACACAUUGUUAUGCAAUGGUUAGUGGGUGGCUGCAACUGGUCAGUGCAAAUCUUGGAAAGAGAAAUCACUGCUCCAUCUCGAGACUUCUUCCACGUGUUCAAACAUUUCAUUGUUCGUUUUAGGUACUGAUUAUACCUAUAUUUCAGGAUCAGUUACUAACCUUUGAAGCCUAGGCUUUACACGCUACAUCUGUGUCAGUCAUCUUGUCUGACUACACAUAUUAACAUGUAAAUAGAUUAGAUAACGUUAGAAAAAAUACACAAAAUAAUUGGUCAAUUUUUAGCAGUUGUAAAGGAAUUCUAUAAUAGUGGGAAGACUACAAAAACAAUAACAGGAAAAGCUUUAGCAACCAACUGAUUGUUAAUCUUAAUUAUUGUUCCAACAACUACUUAAUCUCGACUUGUGUUAGGUCACAGAAUUCUAUCUUGCUCUUGUACAACUAGUUAUCAGAACACGAUCUAUUGUUUCCAUGUAGUAGUUCGUUCCAUACUAAUGCUUUACUAUGUUUCUAUAUUUUGUUAAAUAAAGUGCUGUCAUCUUACCAUUAAAAAAGAACAAACUUUUGCUGGUUUACAUUUAAUAAGGCAAAACAAGGUGGUAAUAAAUCAGUAAACAUACAUGCACAUUCGAUAGCGAAAAAACCGUUCUACUCUUUGUGUUUUAGGUAACUUCAAUCACAAUGUUUUGUAGUUUAAAGUGUUUUAAACAAUUUCUGACUUGAAAAGAAACUUUUAACAAAUCAAAUCUCAUCCAUUUUUAAGGAAGAGGAUGUACAAAAGACUGGAAUUAGAGAGAAAUGUCUUUUUUAGCAAUGUGUGUGUGUGUGGUGUUUUAUAUUUUAAGUGGAAGCUUAUAUUACCCUUUUUUGUGGAUUUUAUUUUUUGUGAAUAAUAAGAAUUCUUUGUCUCGGUAAGAUCAUACCAUUUUCAACAACACGUCUCAUUAAAUUUCAUAAAUGUUUCUAAAAUUGUAUCAUCUCAGUUUUAAAAAAAAAUUUAAAUAAUGGUGAUGAGUUUUUCUCUCUAAAUCUUUAUUAGUGGAUACUAAUUUAGGAUGAGUAUUCCAAACUCGCAUCUAAAUGUCCUUACAAAGUAAAGGUACACAUUUUUUUCUAACAGAUUGCUGACAUCUUUCUUAUAUUCAACUUGAAAGCAGUGCAUAAAUUAUGCUUAAUGUACUGUUGGCAUGGCAGGAUACACUGCUACAACUUAGAUUUAAUACUUGUAUUAAACUGUCUGUGAAAUAAAUUUUCUUAUAUCCUUGUU